AUGACAAUCCCGAAAGAAUAUAAGGAUGUCCCAACUGCUGAACUCUCCACCAUCCGGUUUAUCAAUCUUUUUGAUAAAGACAAAUCCGAAUUGAGAAAAUUGAUAGCCGCCUGUGAAAACGAUGGUUUCUUCUAUCUUGAUCUUGAGAGUAGUGGCUCCGAAAAGUUUUGGGCAGACCUGUAUGAGAUUGAUAGCAUCACGAAGAAGUGGUUUUCUCAGUCCACAGAUGUGAAGCUGAAAACUCCUACUGUGUCUCUUGCACAUGGGUUAGUUGGUCUUCAAGUCUUCUCUUCGGAGGAUGCUACUUGGAAGUAUGUUGAGCCACGACCAGGUCAUGCAAUUAUCAACGUGGGAGACACUCUACGUUUCCUCUCGAACAAGCAACUUCGCUCUGCGCUGCAUCGCGUGCUACCCCUGGGCCGAGUCCAGACUGAAGAUCGGUACUCUAUUUCGUACUUCCUGCGAGCUUCGGACUCAACUGAGUUUGAGGACAGCAACGGAGAUGACUCGAGUGCCAAAAAGUGA